UUUUGUUUUGACUUAUACAGUUGGGAAAGAAUCAUCAUGGUGGCCGUUACGUUGUUAUGACAAGGGAUACGUCAAACUAGUAAUAUUUUUUAGAAGAAAUUGGAGGGGCGCUUAUUGUGUCGUUUUACUUUGUUCUUAUAUUUAAUAAUUGGUUUUUGGAUCGCUUCAUGUACACACAGACAAAAAUGCCAGUGCAAAAGGAUUCUAAUAUUGUGAAAAUCGCUGUCCAAAUGACGGAUCAAGUACCACAACUCAUUGAAUUUAAUCAAAAGCAUCCGCUAACUGGAAUUAUUCAGGAACUGUGCAAUGGAUGGGGUCUCGUUGAUCCUGAGUCGUAUUCAUUACAAUUCUCUGAGAGUAAUAAUCAAAAUUACAUCACAGAAAAGAAUCGUAAUGAAGUGAAGAAUGGCAGUAUUUUAAGAUUGGAGUUUUCCCCUUCUAAAACAGCUAGUGAUAUUCUGUCUAAACUCAACAAUGGAACUACGGAGGAAAAGACUGGGGCUCUGCAAAAGCUGAGUACACUUAGUACAGACAUGACAUUUGCAUUAGAAUUUAUUAACAAACAAGGAUUAGCUUUGAUUGUAUCACAGGUAGAAGGAGAAAAAUAUAAAGGUAAUGCACUCGCGCAUUCACUUCAAUCAUUUGUAGAACUCAUGGAUCAUGGAAUUGUUUCGUGGGAUAUAUUAGAAACACCAUUUAUUAAUAAAGUAGCUAGUUAUGUAAACAAUCCAGCUGUAACCCAAGACACUAGUAUUAUUGAAGCUUCGCUUAGCAUCCUUGAAAAUAUAGUACUGAAUUCUUCUGGAAAGUAUGGACAAGUUGAAAAAGAAGUGACUUUUCCCAAUCUAGUGAUGCAUCUACAAAGUAUGCGUCCACAAAUACAACAAAAUGCAAUAGCUCUGAUAAAUGCCUUAUUUGUUAAGGCUGAUGUAUCUAAGCGUAGAUCCGUCGCUGCUGCUCUUCAAUCUAAACAAGUUAGAAAUGUGUUCUUGACAAACAUCAUACAGUCUACUGGUCAGGUUGGUGCAGAAAUGGCACAUCAAUUAUAUGUAUUGCAAACGUUAAUGUUAGGUUUGUGGGAACAACGAAUGAUGACAAAGAUGGAUCCUCAAGAUCAAGAGGCCCAUGAUAAUAUUAAAGAGCUUCGAAAAAUUGCUUUCGAUACCGAAGGGAUAGUUGGUGGAGAUGUAACCGCUCGUAAACAAGGCCUUUAUGCCAAGGAUUAUAAAAAAUUGGGAUUUAAAUAUGACAUUAAUCCUGCUCUUGAUUUUACGGAAACGCCUCCGGGAAUGCUUGCUCUAGACUGUAUGGUUUACUUUGCACGUAAUCAUACCGAAGCUUAUACUAAAGUCGUUCUAGAGAAUUCUUGUAGGGCGGAUGAACACGAGUGUCCUUUCGGUAGGACGAGUGUGGAACUGGUUAAGCUGCUUUGCGAAGUAUUACGGAUUGGAGAAGCGCCUAGCGAGCAAGGUCAAUCGUAUCAUCCAAUGUUCUUUACGCAUGAUCAUCCAUUUGAAGAAUUUUAUUGCGUGUGCAUAGUGCUAUUAAACAAAACUUGGAAGGAGAUGAGAGCCACGACUGAAGAUUUUGUGAAAGUAUUUUCCGUUGUUAGAGAACAAAUCACUAGAGCGCUUCAGUGCAAGCCUACAGGACUGGAUAAAUUUAAAAAUAAGCUACAACAAUUAACGUAUUCGACAAUUACUAAUCUUUGGCAACAAGAACGAACUAGUAGGGAAGAGUGGGAAAGUCAUGCAACACCAAUUGUUGAACUUAGAGAACAAAUUACACCCGAAAUUCUAGAACUCAUUCAACAACAACGUUUAGGUUUUUUAGUAGAAGGCACUAGAUUUAUGAAGUACAGUGCUAGAGGACAGAGAAUCAAGGAUAAAUUUUGGUAUGUUCGACUUUCACCCAAUCGCAAAGUAUUUCAUUACGGAGACUGUGACGAAAAAUCAGUGCCAACAAUUGACGAGCUCUCUACAAAGUUGGCUGUUGUUGAAAUUCGAGGUUUAUUGACCGGUAGAGAUUGUCCGCAUAUGAAAGAUUUACAAAGACGGAAAACCACACAUCAAUUGGCUUUUUCUUUAAUUUUGGAUUCUAUAGAAGUUUCAAGUCUAGAUUUUGUUGCCCCUGAAGAAAAAGUUUUCGAUUACUGGACUGAUGGCAUUAAUGCUUUACUUGACAAAAAUUUUUUUACAGGCAAUAGGAUGACCAGUAAAGAAGCAGAGAAUGAUUUAGAAACCUUACUAUCAAUGGACAUUAAAUUAAGACUUUUAGAUGCGGAAGGAAUUGAUAUUCCUCAAAAUCCGCCUGUUAUUCCUGACCCGCCACCGAAUUAUGACUUUUGUUACGAGUUGAAGUAAAAAUGUAAUUUACAUUCAAUGAUCGCCAUGACAGUUUUACGCUGGCGCGAUUUAAUUAUUUCUAAAAAUUAGGGCUUUAAUAUUUUAUCCUAGAUCACAAUUUUUAUACAAACGAAUCAUUCGUAGUAUUUCCAUUUGUAUUGCCUC